ACGACUCUACUGCCGGCUACGGCAGGCUACGAAACAAGUGUCUGUAUACAAGAUGGCGGCGCCCGGAGCUUUCACUGUUACAAAGUUCGCCAGGAAGCAGCAGCGGGCAUCAGCAGAUGCGGUGCGGUUGCAGCGACGAGCGUGAAGCGAGCAAAGAGAAGACCUCUCGUAUUUAGCAAUUUCUGGCAACGUGCGCCGUUAAUUACAACCUGAUUACAGUGAACCGAUCAGUGUGAUAAAGUGCGACGCGACGCGUUGCGGCGCGGUGCGGUGCGGUGCGGUGCGGUGCGGUGCGGUGCGGUGCGGUGCGGUGCGGUGCGGUGCGGUGCGGUGCGGUGCGGUGCGGUGCGGUGCGGUGCGGUGCGGUGCGGUGCGGUGCGGUGCGGUGCGGUACGCUACGGUACGGUAUAGUGUGGUGCAGCGCGUUGCCCGUCCCGGGUAGAGCGAUAUCGUAGCAAGCCGUGCAUCACGGGCGGCGACAGCGGCGGCGUCACGAAGGAUGCGGUCCGAGGAGCGGAAGAGGAAGCUCGAUGCGUAGCCUAAGCCAACGGUGGUUGGCGAGGCAGGCGGACAGGCAGGCAAGGCAGGCAGGCAGGCAGGUAGUCGAGCGAACGUAGGCACGUAGAUAGAUAGCUAGACGAAGACGAAGGGGCAACGAGGUGGGCCUUAUCGGUGGGAGAAAGAAAGAAAGAAAGAGUGAGAGUGAGAACACGGAGUCUGCCAGUUCGUCCCGGGCAGCGGUACUAACGCGAGAUUACGUUGUCGUCGUCAUCCAUCAUAAUUUCCAUCCAUCCGUUCGGCUGGGAGAAUAAUAGUGAAACGUUGCAACGUUGUCGCGCGUCACUCCCCAUAGUCUCGCCAUCGACGCCGACGGCGAUACUGUUACGACGGAGACAGGGAGUGUGAAAGAGAAAGAAGGAGACAGCGAGGGACGCGAAUUUUGUCGAGAGAGUGGCGAUAUUACGAUGGCGACGAUAUCGACGACAAUGACGAUGACGACGACAACGACGACGACGACGACAACGAUGUUGACAUCGACGUCAACGUUUGCGGCUACAACGAAGGACACGAUGGCGAUGCCGAUGGAACGAAGGAAAUCUUAUCAUGAUCUUUGUCGUCUGUGCGCCUCUUACGAUAACGUCAGCAUGCACAUAUUCGGCCAGGAAGGCAGAAACCGGCAGCUCGUUGACAAAAUUCAAACGUGCCUGCCGUUCAAGAUAGAGGAAGAUGAUCGUUUGCCAAAAGUCCUGUGUUAUCGAUGCAUGUAUAAUUUGGAAAAUUUUUACGACUUCAGAACCGCAUGCGUGAAUGCAUCUGCUUGGUUGGAAAGAAAUAGACCCAAGGAAGGAGCGAACGAUGAUGGUGUAAAUGAUAGCGCACAGUGCAGCGACAUGCACGCGGAGCUUCUCAAGGGAAAGAAAAAUAUGCCAAUACUUAUCCCGGAAGCGCCCGUGGUCAAUCCGAAUGCCGCAUUAGGUACACCACCGAGAUUGAAUUCCGAUGGAGAGGCCGAUCCCGAGAUCGAAGAGAUUCUCGAUGCGAGCGAAGGCACCGACGAAGUGCUCGAUGAUUCGACGGAGGAUCGACGGUCGGAAUAUGAAUACGAGAUGGACAUGGAGACGAAUCCUAGCGACUUUUUAGAAAUGACGCCGAUGGUAACCGAAGAAAAUGAGGAGGAAUGCGGCGCAAAUAACACAAGUGCUACGGCCGGUCAACAAGAGGCCGCGACGGUCUUUCCACCUACUUCGCAGCAGCACGAGGUCUAUGUAUGUUCUCUGUGCAACAAGGCAUUUAGCUCCAAGGGUCAUCUAUCGUUGCACGCGAGGAUUCACGUGGGUGAAGGUGAUGUGAUCGGUGAAAGGGUUAUUACUGAUGACCAUACUUCGUAUCAACGACCGUAUCAAUGCGAUCUCUGUCAUAAGUCGUAUUCUACCGCGAAGCAUCGCUGGGGACACGUUUCUACGACACAUCGGGGACAUCCUGCUGUAACGUGCGCAUAUUGCUCGCGAAUAUACUCGACACGGUACAACCUCGACGAGCAUAUAAAAUCGCGACAUGCCGGUCUACCGCCACCCCCAGAAUUAUCAGUUUCUCUUUCCCGCGCAGAGACUCGUUACCAAUGCCAAACGUGUCCGAUGAUUUAUAAAGAUUUGGCAGAUUUCAACGCGCAUCGUCAGAUAUGCAUUGAGGAACAACGCACUGAUCUAUUAGGACAAACCGACACGCAAAACAAUAAGAAUUUAAUCGAUAUGUCCGAUAUGUCGAGUAUUAUAGACUCGGAUGACGAGAACAAAGACUUUAGGAGUGCCGAGGCUAAACUGGCCAAGAAUCCGCAAUUGACUAUAUUGAAACAAGCUUUGACUAAAGGAGACAGUUUAAAAAGGAUUUAUGAUGAUGAUGGCUCAACGUCGAGUUGCAAGGCGAGAAAAAUGGUCAAGAUAGAAGGCGAAACAAAUCCUGAGAUAAAAAGGUGGUAUUGCGAAUAUUGUCCGCAAAGUUUUACAUCAGUGGACAGUUUAAAGUUGCACGAAGUCAGGCAUGAUGCCGAGAAGCCGUUUAUCUGCGUACUAUGCAAGAAGGAUUUUGUUUUGAAAUCUUCAUUGAUAAGGCACAUUACGACGAUACACGGCGUUGAUCCUACUCCUAUCAUUGACAGCGACAAGUGUCUAAAAACAUCUGUGAUGCCUCAGAAUUGGAAUCGAAUGGAUGUCAGCGUUUACGAGCAGAACGAUAUAAAGGAACCACCAGAAUUUUCGUCGUCACCCGAGACAAAUUUGGACAAUGAUGAGAAAGAUUUGAGAAACAACCACGAGAAUAUAGAAAUCGAAACAGUAUUUAUAUGUGAGAUUUGUACGAGGGACUUUAACGAUCGAGCGUCGUUAUGGUUGCACAUGCGUGCAACACAUAAGGAACUUGCUGCAUAUGCCUGUGGAGUGUGCUUAAAGAUUUGUUCCGACAAUACACAACUCCAGAGUCAUCUUUACAUGUAUCACGGAAAAUCCAAGCUUUUAAUAUCGGAACAAAGAAGGUACAGUUGCACGAUAUGCGGCAGACAGCAUGAUUCAAGAAAGAAGCUAAUAGCUCAUGUCUCGAUACACAAUAUCGAUUCUGGGUUUGAUCCUGCAAUUUUUGUACAGUUAAACAGUAAUUAUUACAAUGAGAACUUAAACGGUACCGAAGGAAAUGAACAAGUAAUGGAUUUCGAUGGAGAAGACGGCGAGAAAGUCGAUUGUUACAUUUGUUACAAAUCUUUUCCAAACGAGGAUCACCUUAUACGACAUCAGAGAAAUGCGCAUAAAUCCGAACAAAUAAUUCCGUUAGGAGAUGCCGCGGCAAGUGGAAACGCUCCGAAUAUCAAUGGCAGCGGUAAUAGGGGACAGUAUCAUUUGUUUUUUGUUUGUGAAAUUUGUGGUAGUUCUCAUUCAAGUAAAUGGGAACGCUGGUUGCAUAUCAACAACAUGCAUAAUAACGAAUCUUCCAUCAAGUGCGAAUGGGAAAACUGUGGGAAAAUAUUCGCGACGAAAUCACUGCGUAAUGACCAUCUCCAGCAUCAUUUGAUCCAAGGCCCGUCACCAAACACCUGUGAGAUAUGCGGUAAAUUGUGGCCUACUCGUGUCGAUUACUGGAAACACGUGAUGGGUGUUCACGCGGACACGGUACCCCUGAUCUGCGGCGUUUGUCUGAAAGUAUUUUCCGAUGUGAUGCAGUUAAGUGCUCACGUCAAGGCAAAACAUUGGCCACUCACCAAUGGUGAUUUUAGCUGUGAUAUUUGCGGUAGACCAUACUCCAAUAAAUCCAAGAUGUCCCGACAUAGAAAGAUCCACGGUUUGGAAAUGGCAGCAGCGGCAGCGGCAGCGAUGAUUGCGGAUGUCGCGUGUGAUAAUAGCAAUCUCAAUGAGACAAUCAACGAAUCUAUAAAACUCGAACACGGCAACAACAGGGCCGUAGAUUUCAAAUUGAAAUGCGAACAAUGCCCCGAGCACAAGUUUACGACUCUGGACAUUUUACGCAAUCAUCGUCGGGUAGUGCACAAUCUCUUCCCGUGUGAUCUAUGCGUUAAGUACUAUGGUAGGACAUCCCAUUUGUGGAAACACGUGAACAGGGUACAUAAGGGUCACGCGGACGUGACUUGUCCAUACUGCGCGAAAACGAGCGCGUCGAGAGAUCAUCUUGCGGCGCACAUCGCGAAGAUUCACAGAUAUGUGCCCACGAUGGGUGGCAAAGAUAAUCAGAACUGCGUCGUUUCUAAGUCCUUGAAUAUGGAGGAUGGUGUCCUGCAUUACUGCGAGAAAUGUAACAAAGGAUUUCACAAACGCUACCUGCUCCGACGUCACAUGAAGGGCUGUCAAAACUACCGUAAGGAUCCUGGAGCACUAUUGACCCGCUGCCGAGCGUGCGAGAGGAUAUUCAAGGAUCGUGCAAGUCUACAGAAGCACAUCGAGAAUCACCACAGUACAUAUACCUGCCAUUUAUGUAAUGAGACUAUUACGUCCAAACUGGGCAUUAUGACGCACAAUCGCGUCAAUCAUAUGGAUCACCCGGAUCUGACGUGCGAUUAUCCGAGCUGCAAGAAGCUUUUCCGCACUAAGGAGGAUCUCGAGUCUCAUCGAAAGGAUCACAAAUAUCACAGUAACCCGAAUGUCUGCGAUUUUUGCGGCGACACCGUGGAGAACAAAUUAAAGUUAAAGAUGCACGUGCUAUCAUUACACCGGAACGAGAUCGGUGUAUCCUGCGGCGUCUGUCUCAUUCCUAUGAAGGAUCCGAAAGAUUUGAAGAAACACGUCGAGACGGAGCACAGUAGCGUUCUUUCCAAUCCGAAUACAUGUCAAGUAUGUGGCAAGCAAUAUGCAUCCAAGUGGAAGGCGUUUGAUCACACGAAAAAGUGUCACGGAAAAGUUUUUCUCACGUGCAAACAAUGUUUAGCAGUUUUCACAGAUGAGAACGCUAUACGCGAUCAUUACGAACAUGUACAUAACGUUCCAAAGGAUCAGUUAGCCGUUUUCGAAUAUAGAAUGGACAUCGGUGCGAAGAGGGAAGAUUACGAGACACCUGACAUCAUCGUGAAGGAAGAACCGGAUGAUCUUGAGUUCGAUGAAGAGAUGUGCGAUGAAAGUUCGAGUGAUUCCCGUAAACGCAGACGAUCGCCGAACGAUACGUAUGAUUGUGAAAUGUGCCCCGAGAUCUUUCUCAAUUCGGAUACACUCGCCAAGCAUUAUCAGAAUGUUCACAACACCGAUCCCAUUCGUAUGUUCAAAAAGUUUAAGAAGAACAGUGGCGACGGCAAACGUAGAAUGAGAAAUAGAAACAAUUACGAAUGCAAGAAUUGCAAGAAGCAGUUCUCUACCAAGACUUUAUUCUGGAAUCACAUAAACGCGUGCACGCGACGAAACUCGGUAUGCAAAUUCGACGUUCCGAAUAAUAUCUCGACAUCGAUUCUGGAGUCGCAUUUGAAGAAUAAUAAUCAGAUUCAGCGAGAAGAACCGUUAUCGCUGAUGAACGAAUCUAAUUUGAACAUUCCUGAUUUUAACCUAUUCGAGGACAUCAACAUGCAACUGUCAGCCCAGAAACCGGUGCCGAAUCUCAUGCCGUUGUCGCAGGUGAAGUCGGCAGGUAAUGGCAAGUGCUCACGCAAAGACUCGCGCAAGGUAUAUGACGAAUCGACCAAUACUGAGUGCACAUGCGAGGUCUGCGGCAAACAGUGGCCCGCUAAGAAGCACUUGUGGCAACACUUGAUUCGUUUCCAUCGUGCCGAAGCGGCCGUUACCUGCGGCGUAUGUUUGAAGUUAUGCAAAUCCUAUCAAGAUUUAGCCGAUCACCUGAAGGCGGAGCACGCCCCUGUUUUGUCACCGGAGGGCAACAAUUUCACGUGCAAGACAUGCGGCAGAUAUCACAAUGCGAGAAGUAAACUGCUGCUACACAUGAGCAUCCAUAUCGGAUACUUCCGAUGCGAGAAGUGUCAGCAAGGUUUUGCGAGUGAGGAAAAACUCGGCGAGCACGUGACAAACUGCAAUGGCAAGUCGGAAUUUGAGGAUCAUGCAGCAACUGCGGAUAUUGAGGAUAACGCGAAAAAUGACAAUGAUGAAAAGGGCAGUUUAAUCGCUGACGAAACGUCGGUCAUCGAAGAGGAAGUUGAAGAAGCGGAUUUUGAAUCGGAGGGCGAGGGUAGUAGAGGCUUGCAAAAUGAAGAAAACAAUAGCGAAGAAGACAAUUCUGAUAGCGAUGACUCGGAUAGCGGUAGCAAUAGUAGUUCGAGCGAGAAUGAAGGCGAAGAGGAAGAAGAAGAGGAGGAAGAGGAAGAAGAGAACGAAAACGAAAAUGAGUCUGAUACAAGGACUGAGCCGGACACGAGAACUCCGAGCAGAGCGAGCGGUGACAGUGAGUCGUGUAAUGAACGUUCCGAAAGUGACGAAUCGAAUAUGGACGAAGCAGAAGUGAGCGCGAAGAAAGCACCGCGAUUGAACGAUAACGAUAGUUUCAUGAUACAAGGCGAAGAGAACUCGCCGGCGAUGGAAAAAUACGUCGAAGAUCAAAGCACCGUUUCCGUUAUCGCAACGAUUGGUGGAGACCGAAUUAAGCAGAGUACCUUGAAUAAUCUAUUGAUUUCCGGUGCAUCUGCGAACGUAGAUAAAUUUAAGGCAUUACGUCUCCAGGAAUCUAUUACAGCUACGGCGAGUGAUGUAGACUUCUCUAAUGAUAAUGAAAAUGAUAAUGAGGAAGAUGACGAAAAUAAUGAAAAUGAAGAAAAAGAGGGAGAUGAAGGCGAAGAUGAAGGUGAAGGUGAAGGUGAAGGUGAAGCUGAAGCUGAAGGUGAAGCUGAAGGUGAAAGUGGAGAUGAAGAUGAAGAUGAAGAUGAAGAUGAAGAUGAAGAUGAAAGUGAAGGUGAGGGUACAAGCGAGGCCGAAGCUGAGAGUGGACAGGAUGAGGGUGAAGACGAUGCUGAUGGUGAAGGGGAAGAAGAGGAAGAGGAGGAAAAUGAUGAGGACGACGACGAUGGACCGCCUGUAUUGAGUCCAAUAAUGCCUUUGCUGACUGAAAAUGAAUCCGAGGAGCACAGCAAUACGACGGAUCGUACAAGGCAUAAGCUUAGUCCGAUGGUAUCGCUGAGUAUGGACAAAUUAAUAGAGGGAUGCCAGAUAACGGAGAUCAAAACUAAUACGGAGAAUACGGCGGCACUCUCGAAUGCCUCCAACUUCUUUGCAGCUAAUAACAACGAUGUAGCCGUGACGUGGGACGAGGAUGAGGAACGCGAUUGUAAUUCCGAUGUCGAGGACAGAGAUGUGAUGGUAAUGAAGAACGAGGAAUUUGAUAAGGAGUAUGCUAAGAGGAAUAUCAAUGAUUUGGAAGGGGACGACGACUAUGAGGAAGAUUCCGCGGACGAAAAUGUGAUGGACGAUAGAGAUGGUGAUGGUGGAGGUCAAGUGCACGAAAUACAUAGUCUAGACGGGACAGUGUUAAUGAUGACUAAUGAUGCGGAAGGUAAUCCGAUUUUGAUAGGACAUAAUGUGUUAGAUAUCGAUAACGAAGACUCUAACGCCGAGGUGACGCAGUAUAUUUAUCCAGAGAAUGCUUAUGAGAUUGAGGAAGAGGAUGAGGAAGAUUUUGCGAGUCGAAAUGAAGCCGACGCCAUGCAGACGGGUGAGAUGCAAGGUAUGUCCUACGUUCAGGAUAUGUCGGAGAACGAGGAUAGCACGGGGGAUGAUGUAGAGGAGAAUAGUAAUGAUGCCCAGAAAUAGAAUAGGACACGAGUGCCAAAACGAGGAGAGGAUAUAUAUAUAUAUAUCUAAAAUAUAACAUAAAAUAUAAAUUAUAAUUAUGUAAUAAAGUGUAAGAUAAUUAAUGUAAUCUUGAAACUGAUCGAGACAUUUGAGAAAAAUACGUCAUAUGUACCUUGAAAAACGAAACAAUAUUGUAUAGUAGAGUAAGCGAAAAGUAGUUUGUAGCUUUAAAGGAUUUUUGAUAGAGUAAGCGUAAAAGAGAUUACGAUUUUCACGAAUUUUCAGAAAAUAUGUUUCGUUUUUAUCGAUCUGCUAGAGGUGCGCUGUAUAAGAUGACUUGCGAAACGUUACGAGCUUCCGAAGAAAAAACGGCUAAUCGUUUCGCAGAAUACGAUUUUGAAUUAUAAAUGAAUAUAUAUAAGUAUCGCGUUACGUAUAGAUUGCUGAAAGCUACAAUUUACAAUAUCUUUUUUUACGUUUCCGAUAUUAUUUACGUCAAUAAAGCACUUUUUUGACAAUAAUGCAUUGCGAACUAUGGUUCACACGCGAGAUGCCAUUCGUUAGAUAGUAGGAUGCGAAUGAACGAGUUUAACAAACCGUGUCACGUUUUUUAGAGGCAAGAUGUAUAGAGGCAAGCAAACCACGUGUCCAUAUAAAUUUAAAUUCUUUCCUUUUCUUAAAUUGUAUGAUAAUUUCUUUCAGGAUUCUGCGGAUGAUUAUUUUAAUUGCCUAGAAUCGUGUAGCAAGAAGAAAAAACCAUGACAAUUAUAUUAUUAUAAAGAAAUAUAAUUGUUACGCAUCAUUAUUACACAAAUUAUACAUCGAAAGACAUUAAAAUGCGUUAAUUUAUGAUGCCGUCAUUUGUAUGCACUCGACCAAUUUCUUUCAUUAAAUUAAAAUAUUUCGAAUCAGUUUUCUGUGUUUUUCUGCGUGCAUUUGUUUUAGCGCGAAAGACCAUGAAACUAUAAUCGAAAUACAUAAAUCAUCAAACUGUCCAUAAAUAAAAUCGAAUAUACUAUAAUGGAAGCAACAAGUACCAUCCAUAUUUCGAGACAGAUUUAAAUGUUUCCUAUCAGGAUCUUUUUUUUUUAGCAUAAAUAUGAAAAAAUGCGAAAAUCGUGCAUCUUCGCUAUAUUUUUAUGGAAAAGUGUUAUAGAAAGAAAUAAAGGGGUUUAUGUAAAUAAUAGCUUUAAACGAUCAAUCUGUACAGUUAUGUAAUGCGAGUGUGUUUGUACGUACGUAUGCAUGGAUGAGUGUAUGCAUGCACAUCAACGAUAUGAAAGAGAUUCAAGACUCAAAUAUGUUAAAAAAAAAAAAGAAUAGGGGUGUAUGUUAAUUACAAAUAUCAACGAUUAAUCGAGAUUUGAGCGAGAGAGAAUUGUCGCUUUGUAUUAUAUUAAUUUAAUCGCCUUGCAAAUCUUCAUUACUUAGAAUGAAAUAAACGAGAGAGAAAGAAGAAAAGAGCAGCAAAAUAGAAUCGUUGUGUGUUAUGUUUGGAUUGUGAGAGAUUGGAAAUAUUACAAAUUUUUAUGAAUGUGCGUAGAUACGAAAAGUUAGAAAAGAGCGUCAGAUAGUAGACGACGUUUUUUUUUUAUCAUCGUCAACUUCUCCAAUUACACAUGUCAACGAUC